GAUGCCACAGCCUGUGAGGGGCAGCAGGGAAGAUGCCACACGGAGAGACCCGCGUCUCUAAGGGCCGCCGGCAGAGCGGGGGCUGAUCUCCCUUCCGCCUCCCAGGAACCCCCGUCCUCGCCAGCGUCGUCGGGAGGAUUCCUCGCCCUAAUUUUCCCGGGAGGAAGACGCGCCUUUCCCGGAGACCGCGAGGCUACACUCACCGAGGCAGCCUCCAGAUUACUUCGCUCGGUGGGCGUGUGACUUCGUGGAAGCAACUUACAGUAGAUUCUCCCUGGCGAGGCUGCGAGCAGCAGAGGGCGGGGGAGCUGGGGAGAGGAGGAGGGAAGGAGAGUGGGAGGCGCCGAGCCGGGAGGCCGAGGAGACGCCGGAGCUCCAGACACAGCAGGAGCGCGCCUUGGCGGUGCAGUCUCCACCUCGCCUUCGCAGCCGCGCGCACUCCGCCUCCUCCCCGAGCAGCGGGAACCGCCGCAGCUCCCGGGCAGCCGCAGCACCGCUCCGCGCUCCCGCCGGCCGCCGUCAGUCCCGCCCCUCGCCAGCACUCAGCCCGCAGCUAUUUCCUUCUGCCAGGCUCUUUGAACUCUGGAUCUUUGCUUUUGCUCGCUGCUCUCCUGUUUUUCAUUCUGCACCUUUUCUCCAGUCCUCUUUCUUUAUCCUUAGCCACGCUGCUUUUUUCCUCCCUUUUUAAAAAAUCGGGGAUUUCGUCUUAAAAUGAUUUGUCUCCCUUACCUUCGUCCAUUUCAACACUGAAGACUGCAAAGAACCUUCACCUUUCCCCUAGUGGCGUUUAAAAAUUCUCAAUCCGGAAAAAGUCUGUUUGAGAGGCAAAGGAACAGGAGUCGGGACCCUCUCGACACCCUUGAUCCGAGCCCAGAACUGCACUAGCAACCAGAACUAAUAUUUCAUUUAACCCCACCAAAGGGGAGGCCAGAGGAGCCAGAAGCAAACUUCAGCCGUCUCGGCGGAUCCGUGGUUCCCACACUUGGAGGAGCCGCGUGCCAGAAGGCGUAGGACCCCACGGGGGGACAAGGAGGACUCCCGAGUCUCCCUCGGCCGCUCCGCGAGGCCGAAGCGGUGGACUGAGCCGCGCGGGACAGCGGCAGCGGAGGAGGCUCGGAGAAGAUGCGGGGCUCGGGGCCCCGGGGUGCGGGACGCCGGCGGCCCCCAAGCGGCGGCGGCGACACCCCCGUCACCCCAGCGUCCCUGGCCGGCUGCUACUCUGCACCUCGCCGGGCUCCCCUCUGGACGUGCCUUCUCCUGUGCGCCGCACUCCGGACCCUCUUGGCCAGCCCCAGCAACGAAGUGAAUUUAUUGGAUUCACGCACUGUCAUGGGGGACCUGGGAUGGAUUGCUUUUCCAAAAAAUGGGUGGGAAGAGAUUGGUGAAGUGGAUGAAAAUUAUGCCCCUAUCCACACAUACCAAGUAUGCAAAGUGAUGGAACAGAAUCAGAAUAACUGGCUUUUGACCAGUUGGAUCUCCAAUGAAGGUGCUUCCAGAAUCUUCAUAGAACUCAAAUUUACCCUGCGGGACUGCAACAGCCUUCCUGGAGGACUGGGGACCUGUAAGGAAACCUUUAACAUGUAUUACUUUGAGUCAGAUGAUCAGAAUGGGAGAAACAUCAAGGAAAACCAAUACAUCAAAAUUGAUACCAUUGCUGCCGAUGAAAGCUUUACAGAACUUGAUCUUGGUGACCGUGUUAUGAAACUGAAUACAGAGGUCAGAGAUGUAGGACCUCUAAGCAAAAAGGGAUUUUAUCUUGCUUUUCAAGAUGUUGGUGCUUGCAUUGCUCUGGUUUCUGUGCGUGUAUACUAUAAAAAAUGCCCUUCUGUGGUACGACACUUGGCUGUCUUCCCUGACACCAUCACUGGAGCUGAUUCUUCCCAAUUGCUCGAAGUGUCAGGCUCCUGUGUCAACCAUUCCGUGACCGAUGAACCUCCCAAAAUGCACUGCAGCGCUGAAGGGGAGUGGCUGGUGCCCAUCGGGAAAUGCAUGUGCAAGGCAGGAUAUGAAGAGAAAAAUGGCACCUGUCAAGAUACCAGUCAAAGAACUUACAUAAAGUCUGAUAACAUAAAACAGAACAGCUCUCGUGGGAAAAGUGUGUACAGAGAAAUUCAAUGGUGA